AUGGGAGAAGAGCGCUUGAUCGUGACGAUAGCCUCGAUUGCUUCAGCUCUCGCUGUAGCAACUACUCUAAUUGUAAUCCCGAGUCUUUAUUUUGAGAUCAAUGAGAUUCAUGAUCAAGUACUUGACUCGGUAAACGUUUUCCGCGUGGAGACUGACUCGGCUUGGACUCAAAUGAUGGACAUUCAAAUUGUCGUCUCUCCACCGUCAAAGCCUAGAGCGAAUCCCUUCAACUCGAUCUUCCGUCAGAAACGUCAAGACUUCUCGGGACUCCCAGCUUGGUGUCAAUGCGAACCGCCGAAACCCCAAUGCCCACCUGGACCACCUGGACCUGCCGGACAACCGGGAACUCCUGGAACCCCUGGACCCCCUGGACCACCUGGAAAUGAUAACACGCGGACAUAUGCCCCAAUCACUUGUCCACCACUUGAUAAUUCUUGUGUCAAAUGCCCGCCAGGUCCCGCAGGACCUCCAGGACAAAAUGGAUAUCAAGGUCCUCCUGGCCGACCUGGAGGACCUGGACAACCAGGGAAUAGAGGAAGAGAUGGACAGCCUGGGUCUGUUGGUUUCCCAGGAGACAAUGGGCAACCAGGACGCCCAGGAACUCCAGGACAAUCCGGUCAGCCUGGACGGGAUGGACAACGAGGAAAGGGAAAGCCUGGACAACCUGGACAGCCCGGAAGAAUGGGACCCGCUGGCCAAUCUGGGCCCAAUGGAAACCCUGGCCGCCCUGGAAAUGCCGGACCAAUGGGACCAACUGGAUCUCCUGGUGGACCGGGACGUCGUGGCUCAGAUGGACAUCCAGGACAACCUGGUGGACCUGGGCUACCAGGACCUGAUGCCGCUUAUUGCCCAUGCCCCCCGAGAUCCUACAAUAUGUUCUUUAAGCAA